GAAGCCACGCUCACUCGCAGCUAGUAAAACCAAAGUAGCACUAGUGCACUGCAGCUGAAGGCACAGAGCUGCUGAUCGAGGUAGCUAGCUAGGAUCAAUGGCGUCGGGCAGGACAGCAGCGGUGCUGGUCCUCGUGGCCGCGGUGCUGUGCCCUGCAGCCUUGUCCAAGCCGUCGUCGGCGUUCAUCUCUAUGCCCACCGACCAUGUCGGUGGCCGUAUUCCUCCCGUCUCCCCCGCCGACGGGCUCGCCUUCAACUUCCACGCCGACUCCUGCCCGCAGCUGCAGGACGUGGUGCGCUCCGCCGUGCAGACCGCGCUCCAGAGCGAGAUCGCGCUCGCCGCCGGCCUCCUCCGCAUCUUCUUCCACGACUGCUUCCCUCAGGGCUGUGAUGCGUCAGUCCUUCUGACGGGAGAUGGCAGCGAGCUGCAGCUGCCGCCGAACCUUACGCUCCAGCCGCGGGCGCUGCAGCUCAUCGAGUCCAUCCGUGCCACCGUCCAUGCUUCCUGCGGGCCCGUUGUCUCCUGCGCCGACAUCACGGCCCUCGCCACACGUGACGCCGUCGCCUUCUCCGGCGGCCAGGGCUACGACGUGCCACUCGGCAGGCUCGACAGCCUCGCGCCGGCCCCGAGCUCGGCCGUCUUCGAUCUCCCCCAGGCCAGCUCCAACGCCGCCACGCUCAUCGACGUCUUCCAGACGCGCAACCUCGACAACGUCGACCUGGUCGCGCUCUCGGGCGGCCACACCAUCGGGAAGGGCCACUGCAGCUCCUUCUCCAACCGCUUCUCCGAGGACUCCGACUUCGUCCGAAGCCUGGCCUCCAACUGCUCCACCGACUUCAACCGGCUGCAGGACCUCGACGUCGCCACCCCGGACGUGUUCGACAUCAAGUACUUCACCAACCUGCAACAGGGCAAGGGGGUCUUCACCUCCGACCAGAAGCUCACCGCCGACUGGCGAACGGAAUGGGUGGUCAACGGCUUCGCCGGGAACCACUGGUGGUUCUUCGGCCAGUUUGCCGCCUCCAUGACCAAGCUCGGGAAUCUCCAGGGGCCCCAAGGAAACGUUGGCGAGAUCCGUCGCAAUAGCUGCUUCGUGCGCAACGGACAGAGCUUCCUCACCACCAGCAGCGACGAGGGGCUCUCCGCCUCUGCUUGAGAUCACCGAUGUUAGCCAGAUUAGUGUCUUAAUAAGAGCUCGCUAGCUAAUGUAGCCUCUGUUAUUCAGUACGUGAUAGAUUUACUCCUUUUUUCGAAAGCAUACGUCGUGGUUAUGCAACUCAGAUCCACCCAAAGAACGUGACAGUAAUUUAACCGGAAUCGUACUAGGAUGCCACA